AUGCAACGGUGUCGGUCGGAAAGCCCGCUGCCGGCCGCAGCGGACCUCUUCCUCGUGUCCCCGUCGAAGCGCCGCAUCCGAGAUAUAAUUGAACUGAAUCGAUCAGUCAACCUCAAACUGGAGGAGCAAGCACAUGUGGAACAGAUCGCCCAACGUGCCAAGUACUACACCCGAUGGAAGCAUCUGCGUGACAUUUACACCAUGUACACGCUCGACAAACCACCCCCUACCAGUCCUACUCGGCGGGAGGCUCCUCCGUUGCCAACGCAGCAUGCUGGAUCGCCGAGGCGACGGAAAUGCAACCACGGCAGUCCACUCAUGGUUGCCUGUGUCGAGUUUUGUGUCGACCCGCUCGUGCCUGUCCUGGUCAUGACGAGCAUCAUGUACUCGGCGCUAGGGUUAGACGCACGAGUUCCCGCGACGCAGACCCUCGUGCAGGAGUUUCUCAAGUGUAUGCAAGUAUCGCAUCCGUGCAAACAGCCCAGCUCAUUCUUCGUCGACCACCGCGUCAUUUGCUGCAUGUGGGACGUCCUUGCCUACCCGACGUUUCCCCCGCUUCGGCGACUCACUCGGUGGUUCGACACGUUCUGCAUUGCAUCCACCACACUCCCACUGGAAGCUGUCGUGCAUCCACAGGACAUCCGCUCCAUGCUCUUCUCGGCAUGUCCGACGCCCGCGUCGGAGACGGCGAUGGACGUGUUUGUCAAGCACCUCGUGGCCGCAGUCGGGGACUCCCAUCUGAGACUACCCCAAUUGAUGGCGUUUGCAGACGCCCGGUUCGACCUCCAAGUCCUCGUGCGACGAUUGUGCUGGGAGAAUCUCACGGAAAGCCAACGCGAGGCCAUUGAAAAGGACGAAAGCGACAUGACCGCGGCGUUCGUCGAGCGCGAACGACUCGCGGUCCAGCAUACUAAAGCGCUGACGUACUGGAUUCACAUGGAGCCUCGCCGUCGGUUUAUGCGGUGGAAGCAGUUUACACAAGACAUGGUGCGGUUAAAAACGGCGGACCGUCAUGCCAGGCGCUACAAAUACGGCCGGGGCGUGACGUACUUGGAAACAAAUGCGCGGCGGGUGCGGUGGAUGAAGCAGAGUCUUGUGAAGGCCAUGACCUGUCAUACCCGCACGCUGGCACUGACGACGUUUGACGGCUGGGUGUGCUUUUCAGUCGGAUGCUACGAACUGGAGCGAGUGGCCAGAGGACAAAGCCAACGGCACUACGAGGCAGUGCGAACGCGCGCUGCGUGGUUGGGGCUUGUGCAAUAUGCGAUGACCCAACGACAAGCCAAGCAGGUGCUAUUGCAGCGGACAAUGAAACUCAUGCACCAAACCACCGACAAACUGCUGGCCAAGACGUGGAACGCGUGGCGGUACUUUGUCCAGUUGCAGAAACUGGAUCGCAUGUCCCAGCAACGGCAGGACGACAUGGUUGCCGCCGCGGCCGAAUUCCAGCGAUUCCAACACGAGUGCUCGUGCAUGGAUCGCGAAGAUGCGCUCGCGACUCGAAUGCGACAGGGUGAACGGGACGACAUGGAGCGGGCGCGCAAGGCAAUGUUUCGCGAACAAGCGCGACAGGUGUACGAAGUGCGCAAGGUCAAAAAGCAAGAGGAGGCGAGAACCGCGCUCAAGAAGGAGCGCGAACACGCCAAGGCGCAGCUAGCCCAAGCGGCGUGGACUGACAUUGAGCAAAUGGCCGUAGCCAAGGCGCGGGCGGCGGCAGAGGAGUGGCUGCAGUCCCCCCAAGGACAAGUCGAGCUCCACACGGCCGCGACCGACAUCUACGAAGACCCGCCCACGAACGUGGCCAAGAUGCUACAGACGGACUCGACGUAUUCCAACGUUCCCGACUGCGUGUGGGUCUGCCGCCUCGAGAACAUUGGCGGCCGCCACGCCAAGGCAUACUUUUACCAUACCCAGCGGCUAGAAAAAGUCUUGUGCGACGACCUGACGAUGAAGUCGUCCGUCGUGAUUGCGUCGGAACACUUGAUCCAGGCAAGAAUCAACGCCAUGAAGGCGCAGUUGGCCCAGCGCGGGCAAGAAGAGCAGGCCAAGUUCACAAGAAAUGCCGCCGCCAAGCGCAUCCAAAUGCUGUUCCGGUGCCGCCAGGCGCGCAAAUACGUCCGCAGCCUUCUUCGUCCACUCGUGAUGAAGCGAAUCGACGCCGCGACGGGGCGGUUGGUGUACUUCAACAUCCAAGAACGCAAGACGUCGCCUGUGCCACCUCGUCUCAUGGGCGCGGCCGAAGCGACGCUGCCAGUCGAGUCGGCGACUUGGGUGCGGCGGCUGGACGCAGACAGCGGCGACCAGUACUACAUGGACGUGUCCACCGGCGUCACGUCGUGGAACCCGCCCAACUCGUACGUGAUGUGCAAGAAAUGCAAAAUCAACUUUUGCACGUCGCGCAAUACCGAGACCGGAGAGCGGUUGUGCGUGUCGUGCUACGCAGAAGUGGCGCAGCUGCAGCGGCAAGCCGACAAGGCGGCCCGGGCAGCGAGCUCCAUCAAGCCAGACGACGACAACAAGUCGACGUGGACACGGAUUGCGGUCGUGCCGUCCAAGUGCUGUGUGUGCAAAGUCAACAAUGGCGAGCGACUGUGCCACGAGUGCCGUGGUGACAUCACGUGCGCGCGGUGCUUUGCCACAUUGCACAAGAACCCAAAGCUCAAGCACCACAUCCAGCACGAGUCGCUCGUGUACUCCGAUCUGCAGUAGCAUGAUGGUUUCGAUGUGAGGAUUGUCCAUCAGGGCCGGAUGUGUCCGAGUAUAAUCAUGGUAUGCAAACUCAUCCCAAUGGCAACCACGCUUGAAUACAGAAAUUUGUUAAAUAGAAAAACACGUUAUCGAAAGUAGAUCGCGACGUCGUGCUAGACGUCGCGCUUGCCAAAGACUGACGUCCAUACGUCGGCAUGAUCUUUGAGCGGAGGUAGACUUGGGGACGAAGCGGCAGACUCGACGGGGGGAUCCUCUCGAAAGCAAUCAGGUGGGGUCGCGCCAAACACGGUGCCCCACAAGUCCACGGGGUCCUCUUCCCCUGACACAUCGUUCUCUGUGUCGGAUACACUCGAGUCAUGUACCGAAGCCUUGGGUUUCUUUGCCCCAAACACGUUGCUCCACAGGUCAACUUCGGUUUCUUCAGCGAUAUCGUCAACUUUGGCAACGACCUCGUAGGCAAAGUUGGUGGUACAUACAUCGUCUUCUACGACUGAGUCCUCAUCCAUCGACGCAGACGAAGACUUGGCGCCAAACACGGUGCGCCACAGGUCGACUUCUUUGCUCGAGGUGGCAGUGCGCAAAAGGUCGACGGACGCGUCAGAUGUGUCAUCCCCGUCCUGGGGAUUCGCGCGGCGCACCAUCGCAACACAUCUUACACCAAUGGGACGUCGGGCGCCCGCGGUAGUGGCAAACGGGGCGCAUCGGAGGAGGGUUCGAGCAGCGUGCAUGAGUCGUUCGAUUCGCGAGUGAAGAAUUUCGCGAAUUAGAAUGCCAAAGCUCCGCCAAUGUGAU